AUGAAGGGCAGAAAAGCCGUCUUCCUUUUUAACGUCCACCAGUUGUCGAGCUCGAGCCAGGAUCUUUUCUGUGGCCCUGAAGCGGGAAAACUCAAGCUGGUGUGGGAUUGGAACGGUCAUGACACAAGGCAUUGUUCACUAGAUAUUCAACACACACUCCGUCUGUCAAAUGUUCUUGUGUUUAAGGUGUGGUUUAGCAAUCGCAGAGCCAGGUGGCGCAAGCAAGCAGGAGCCAGUCAACUAGCAGCAUUCAACAACCUCUUGCCCAAUGGAUUUUCUUCAACAGGGGUGUCAACAUUUUCCACAUAUCAGCUUUCAGAAUCAGGCUACUCCUCUCUGCCCCACGAGAAUGACGACACGAUUCAUCGUCCACAACCACUUCCUCCAUCCACUGUGCACCAAAUCGGUUUGUCCAAUGCAGACAGCGGUCCUGCCUAUGCUCUUUCCUCCAACUGCAAUGGGUUCUCCAGUUAUUCUGAUUCGUUUUUGAGCUCUGCAGCUCAGAGCAAUCCCGUCAACAGUGGACUUUCACAACAAGUUAUGAGCAUCAUGAGUAAUUCAUGCCGUGUUUCCUCGAAGCCACACCAUGACUUCCCCCUGUCACCUCGCCCAAGGUCUUUGGACUCUUCUUUAUCCAAUAUUAUGGCCAUCGGCAGUCAACAGUCAGCUGAGGUCUCUGUGAAGAUGGCGGAGAGCUUUCAUUCAUCUGAAUCUUACUCCCCAACAUACGGCACCACCAGCUACAGCAUGGACCCAGUUGUGACAGCUGCCAGCUACCAGUACAGUCAGUAUGGUCAGACUGCUGUGGAUUACUUGGCAAAGAACAUUAGCCUCUUCAGUCAGCACAAGAUGAAGCUGACCAAUCACUCAGCUGUGCUGGGAAUGCUGCAUGUCAGUACCGGCCAGGCCUACUAGUACUUUAAACAAACGGCAGCAAACCUAACCACCAGCAGCCCCUACGACUCCUGCUGCAACACAAAAGUCACACGGAGGUUUCCCGCCAAUGCCAGUGUUGUUUUUUCCUGCAGACGAAGAGCCACAACACCUCUUGAAAUAUCUCUUCCAGUAAAUGUUUGGUACUUGAUUUGGAGAGUUUAGACUCUCCGUGGUGGUUCACCAAUGCAGCUCCACUGUUCUACAUUUGUAUUAAAUGGACAUGUUUGUCUAGUUUGGUCUUUUAGGGAAAUGUAAAUGUUGCAAACUGUGAUUGUUUUGAAAACAUGCUAUUCUUUUGGGACAUAGUGACCAACAUUCACAUGAAAUAACAGCAGGAAGGAAAGAGACAGUGAGCUGGAGUUAUUCCAGAGUUUAUUCAUCUUUCUCUUAAGUCGCACACCUUAACCAUUAAGCAAACUCAGUGGAAUCAAAAUGAGUAACAUUAAUAUUCAUUUGCUUCACGUAUAUGUUAAAUGUGAAGAAAUUUCAAAUUCUGUGCCAGUAUUUCUAUUAUGUGAUUAAAGAUUUGUUUUUAUUAUUUAAAUGUUUUAUUUCUUAAGUUUGUGCGGUCAUUAGCAAGAACCAUCUCUAAAUGUACUGUAUACUAAAAUUAAUCUCUUUAAAAGAAUCUCUAAUUUAUUUAAUAUUUGAAUGAUAGCAAAAACAAAUAAUACAGGUUUUGUCCAAAUGGAUUUAAAUUCUGACAAUAAAGAGAUGUAUUCCAGAGAAAACGUUCCUUUUCCCCCCCUUUUAUUUAUUUAAAUGCACUUGCACUCCUAGUUUGAAAAAGCUUUUGUUUUAAGUGUAAUCCUCUCUUUGUAUCUUUGUUUCUGGUUUGAAGAGGAACUGUGAACUUUUCUUUCUAACUUUAACUCUGAAUUCUCUCUGCACUUUGAAAGAGGAAGCGGCAGCCUGUGGACACGCUGCAUAAACUUUGAGUUGUCUUGUUGAUGGGAGCACGGCAUGGAGAAACCGUGUGGCUGUCUGUUGCUCUAUCCAUAUUGAUACCUCAUCAUGGUUAGAUUGUGUUUUAUUUUAUUCAUUUUAUGUUUAGCUGGAUCGGAUUCCUGGAAGGUCCAUGUGGUAACGAUACGAACCACUGAACGGAGAGAAAAGAACUGAACUGAAAAACACAUUUUGACUUGAUAAACGACUGAAAAGACAAAAUGAAAUACUGAGCUCUGUAGGACUCAGGUUUUGAUUUUGACAUGCCAGCUUGUCAUUACUCUUAUCGUUGUGGUUAAACUGUAUUUUAUUUUAUCAUUUUCUACAAAAUAAGAACUAUUGUUGCUCAUUUCCUGCCUCCAGCUAAUUCAUUUUGCUCUCACCUCAGUUCCUGUUGUAACCAGGUUGCACCUAGCAACUGGUCUAAAAUACUUACUGAGUCAGGGGUUACAGACAGUAUGACGUAGAGAGAGGUCAACAUCAGUGUACAAGUUAGAGUGACAGGCGUCUGCAGAAAAAAAGGAUGUAUAAAUUGACACAUUUUACAUGUAUUUUGUGUUUUACACCAUUAUGGAGAGACGCUGGCAGUAAUUAAAAAGUCCCAUCUAAAGAUUCAUUACUGACAUACACAGGCUGAACUGUAGGAGAUCAAAUAUCGAUAGUUACUGUUACUGACAGUCCAUUAAGGUUUUGGAUGCACAUUAAUUAGUGUUUAUAAGACCAUUGAGAAUCCGACAGAGGAACAUGAGAGGAGGUUCAGCUUUGACUGAAAUGGUAAAGAAGCUCAAAUCUCUGAGUAUGUGAAGGAUUACACACCUGCUUGUUCCUGACAAAGCUAAGUUAUUUGAAUGAGUUUGUCCAGGUUUAAAGUCGCAAACUGGGUCCAAGACGAGUCAAGUCUGGUUUAAAAAAAAAAUCACUUCCAACCACCACAUUAGGUAAGUGUGAUGAAUGCAUUUAUAUAGUUUUCAAAAUACCACAUCUGUUAUUUUUUUUUUUUUUUACUUUUGACUUGAGUAAUGACUUUUAAUGAAGCGAGAAAAAAAUAAAUGGAAGACUGCAAAUACCAAUUUGUAUUAGUGUCCAGUUUGUGAUUUUGUAUAUUUUGUUUUUUACCUUUGUGAAAAUCUGCCUGCUUCUAUUUGUCUUUCACAGUCAUGAAUUUUUCCAGUAAAGUUUAUUUCUCUUUUUUUUUAAUUGCUUUUUAUUUUUGCAUUUUAAAAUUACACAGACUGUCAUCAACCCUAGUAA